AUGUCACCUACUACAAUGACUGUUUUAAUUGCUUUUGGAACUAGCCACCUACCUACUUACCUAUCUAUUCUAAUCCGCGUGUUUAUCUAUCUAUCUAUCUAUCUAUCUAUCUAUCUAUCUAUCUAUCUAUCUAUCUAUCACAUUCUCUUCAUAUCUUUCUUUCUCUCUAUCCUUACGCAUUCUCUUAAUAUCUAUCUAUCUAUCUAUCUAUCUAUCUAUCUUCUCACAUUCUGUUUAUAUCUAUCUAUCUAUUCUCGCACAUUCUGUUUAUAUAUAUCUAUCUAUCUAUCUCUCACAUUCUCUUCAUAUCUUUCUUUCUCUCUAUUCUUUACACAUUCUUUUAAUAUAUAUCUAUCUAUCUGCUUAUAUCUUUCUAUCUAUCUAUACAUCUUCUCCCUCACAACUGUUACUUUGCGGACCAGACUCCCGAUGAAUGACGUCAUAUCACCUUCCGGUGAUUAG